AUGAUCACUUUAGCCUCUCAUGAACAAGCUAUCGAUCAUCUUGAACUUUCGGGGAUAGGUAUUCAAAGGAAUUUUCGAAAGAAUCCACUAAGACGGUCUUUUCAUCCUCUGAGUAAACUUUUAAGAGUUCAUGUUGUCAGAAUGAAUGAUCCUCAUUUCGGUACCACAGCCCUGGACAGCGCACAUUUGGAAAUUGUAACCUUUCAAGGGCGGGAUUAUCAGAAAUACGCACUCGAUAACCAGAUAUAUUUCGCUCCUAUCGACGAUGUGCCAAGUAACGCCUUGCUCAUCCAUAAACAGGAAGAGAUCGAAAGGCUAGAGUUGGAGCAACAGGUUUUCAGCAGGGUGUUCGAUGAUAGGAUUAUAUUUCCACCAAUUCAACAGCUGGCAAAAGUCCUCGAUUGUGGUUAUGGAUCAGGAGCGUGGGCAGUUGAGGUUGCUGAACAAUAUCCAAACUGUGAAGUCAUAGGAAUCGACGUGUCUCCCCAUAUGAAACCAGAUGAUAUGCCAGAUAACCUUUGGUUGCAGGUUGACGACCUAAACCGCACUUUUACUUUCCGGUCGAAUCAAUUUGACCUCAUUCACUCGCGGCUGGUUUCUUCCGGCCUUGACAAGGAAAGAUGGCCACGGUAUCUUCGUGACAUUGCUAGUGUGUGGGACACGUUUAGGUGCUUGAAACGAGGUGGCUGGGUACAAAUGGUAGAAAUAUAUUUCAAUGUCCAGUCAGAUAGCGGGACAUUGACUGAAAGUCAUUGCUUGAGAAGAUGGAGCAGGGACUAUAUCGCGGCUUUGGAAGGUGUGAAAGACCUUCGAAGUGGAAUGAAGCUAGCCAACCUUAUGGCUUCAGCUGGCUUGGUUGAUAUUGAAUCGAAGAUGAUACCCCUGCCAUUAUCUGGAUGGUCAACAGAUCCGAGGAUGAGAGCUAUUGGAGAGGCAAAUAGGGAAAAUACUCACUUAUUCCUUGAAUCUCUCGGGCUAUAUCCGUUAAUGCACCGGCUUGAUAUGCCUGAAGUUCAAUUCCAGGAGCUGUUAGCGGGUGCUAGGCAAGAAGCGAGUGAUCCAUCAUUGAAAGCAUAUAUUCCUCUAUAUAUUUGCAUUGGGCGAAAGCCUUGA